GCCCUGAGCACUGUGCUCGCCGCCCUGGGCCCUAUCACGCUGCUGCUGACGACGCAGACCCCUCCUAUAUCCGCUGGUUGCUCCCUAGCAUGUCUUCACUCGUCCGCUUCUCUCGCCACACGCUCAAGCAGCUCAAGUUCGUGCUCCCGGGAGGACUCACCACGUACUAUUUUGACAGCCAUAAUGUCUUCCUUCGGAUCCUGGCAGGGGAUGGGGCAGUACAAGGCUGGGGCCGGUCUGCGGCACGGUUAUCCAUCCUCUCAGCCACCGUCACCAUCUCUCUGUUUCUAUACGUUUUAGUACUACCAUUACUCCAAGGAGAACAGCCAAAUUACCGGCACUGGCGACAGUCUGGGGUGCUAAGUACAGUCAUUCCUAUCAUGACCGCGUCCAUAGUCGCCGGCUGGACCCUCCUCGCGUAUACCUUCGGCCGUUGGUCAAGCUUGGGCUACUUGGAAGGGGUAAUAGCCUCGUCUGGGCUGUAUGCGCUGGUCUUUGGCCUGCUGGGUCUCAUUCCGGCGCCCAAGGUACAUCGGCAGUAACUAAACGUGAAUUCCCUGUAUCAUCGGAGCCUGUGGAACCAGGGUUGCGUUUUUAUGUAUCCUUUGCAACCUAAUAUCU